AACCAUAGAAACGAAUACACCUCGAUCCACAGUCCGGAUCCGUGCACCGUUGGCUGUUGGGUGUUUGCUUGCAAGAGCCUGAAAUAUACAGCUAUUCGUAUAAGUGCCCGCCAUAACAACCCUUCACCCAUCUCCGACAGCCCGACCACCAUCAGAGUUAGCCGGCAGCCAUGGCUGAAGAGGCAGGAGGCGGUGGAGAGGGUGGUACCGGGACUGCAGGGGAGACUACUGCGGCGGCAACUGGCGGCGAGGAGUCAGACCUAGGAUUCUACAACAGAAAGCUGCACAACUUUCCUCUCAUUAGAUAUUCUGACAUGAACGAGGAGAUGAGGCUGGAAGCUAUGGAGCUGUGUGUCACUGCAUGUGAGAAACAUGCCAGCAGCAAUGAGGGUGCAGCAAAGAUGAUAAAGGAGACGAUGGACAAGAAGUUUGGAGCCACGUGGCAUGCGGUGGUGGGGAUGGGGUUUGGUUUCGAGAUUGCCUACGACUGCAAGAACCUUCUCUACCUGUUCUUUGGCGGGAACACUGCCAUCUGUCUCUGGAAGUGUGCCUAGUAGCAUUUCCCACCACUCUAGAAUGAUAUACAUGUUAUGUACAUAUGUACAGUGUGCCGUAAAGAGCAAUUCCAUCACUUAGCGAGUCCAUCACAUUCAGUAUCACUUUACCACUGUACAACACAUAUACUUAUGCUUCAGUUGUGCACACAACAUUCCUCUUUCCUAUAUAUACACAUUAUGUUACAUGCAUUAGCACAUAAUAAUUAUGACUUUCUACAAAUUUGCGCAAUAUUUUUGGUAGGUUUUGUAAUAUUGAAUGCAGUGAUCAAAAAGCACAUACUACAUACAUAUAUUUAAUAUGCAGUGCAUGAAAAGAACAGCAACAUAACAACAAGAAUACUACAAAAUCACAUGAAAAUCACAUAGGCACCAUUCACACAGACAUCACCAACAGACAUAUUACAGGGGCACCUCACAUUAACACACACACACACAGUGGAGAAACCAUGACGACUGUGGGGUGCGUGCACUAGACAGUAUUGUAAUUAUUAUAGGAGCCUAAUGAUGAAGAGGAGGAGGUGGAGCUGUUGCUACUGCCAGAAGCUCGGCGUGGCUCGUCUAUAAGGUUCACCAGACCUAUCUUAUCAGUGUUCCCCGCGGAGUGAACCACCCGCGUAUCUUCUGCUUGAAUCUGCUCCACGCUGACACAUUCCUCUCCGAGAGGUCAAUGAAUUUGAGUCUGCCGUUUCUAUCAUGUGGUUCCGGUAGCGCCUGCAAUGAAGGAAAAAACACACAACUGGAUGUCCAUACAUAGCCUUACACUGGUUGGCUGGAUAGAAUAAUGAACUGUGUGUGACUGUGUUCAGAGAGGCAAUGACACGAGGCAAAUUUAUUACAGAUAACCAGACAGUCUUUCCUGUCAACCGCGCCUGUCUUAGCCUUAAUAUUACAGGCACUGUCACCCCAUAGGCAGCCUGUCCUUAUGGUGCAUGCUGUAGUGCGAAGGUAUGCCCAUUAGUGAUAAUCACAACACAAAUGUUAUCCCAAUAAGGGCUAUGCCUGCCUUCAAAGAAUGUGUAGGCCAAAAGUAGAUUAAAGUGUCCAUCCACCCAUAUU